AUGCAGCAAACGCAACAAACGGAACAAACGCAACAAACGGAAGAAACGUUCGUAUGGAGGAUUCGCAACUACAACGAUCAGUACGAAAAGAAACAAACUAUAUCGAGCCGGCUAUUCUACACCUCGAGAUACGGGUACAAAAUGCGGCUUAAGUCACAUCUUAACGGAAACGGUGACGGCAAAGGGACGCAUCUGUCGCUAUUCGUACAGAUCACGAAGGGCGAGUACGAUGCUCUACUGGAGUGGCCGUUCAAACGCAAGAUCACACUUUACCUCAUCGAUCAAAUUGACCAGCAGAGGCAUAUGUAUGAUAAGCCCAUACAGGGUACCGACAAGCUCCCAACACGUUUUCGCAAGACCCAUAAAGGGUGA